CGCUGCUCUGGUACCUGAGAGCCGGUGAGCUGCUGCUGCUGCUGCUGCUGCUGGAGGAGAUUAAAGGAGAAUAUUAGAAAGUUCUGGAUUACAGAUUCAGGGUUUAUCAGUCACUCAGGUGAGCCAUGACGUCAAUGCUGUUAUUAUUCUUGUUCCUCCGGAUAACAUCAGCUACAUGGUCCUUCCAGGAUUACAUGUACACCGAACCUGAAAGCACUCUGAGUGUCAGCAUUCCCACUGAGGGUCCCCUCCACCCGCUGAUGGGGGACACACUGGUCCUGCCCUGCUACUUCCUGGAUAACACGGUCCAUGACCCCGGUUCCCCCACCAUCGCCCCGCUGUCCCACCGCAUCAAAUGGAGCCUCGUAACCAAAGAGACGACCGUGGACAUCCUGGUGGCCUCUGAGGGGACUGUGGCCCUCAACAGCAAGUACACGGACAGGGUAACGAUGGUGGGAUACCCCCAGACCCCCACCGACGCCUCCAUUAAGAUCUCAGAGCUCCUCUCCAACGACUCGGGGGUGUACCGCUGCGAGGUCAUGCACGGGAUCGAGGACAGCCACGACACCGCCGAAGUCCAGGUGCAAGGUAUUGUGUUCCACUAUCGCGCCAUCACCAGCCGUUACACCCUGACGUUUGAGAAAGCGAAGGCAGCCUGUAUCCAGAACAGCGCCGUGAUCGCGUCUCCAGAGCAGCUGCAGGCGGCUUAUGACGAGGGCUACCACCAGUGUGAUGCCGGCUGGCUCGCCGACGAGACCGUCAGGUAUCCUAUCCACGAUCCCCGAGAGCCCUGCUAUGGUGAUAAGUUUGAGUAUCCAGGGGUCAGGACGUAUGGAGUGAGAGAUGUAAAUGAGACGUAUGAUGUGUACUGCUUCGCUGAGAAGAUGACGGGGAGGGUGUUCUACUCCAUGUCCCCGGAGAAGUUCACCUUUGAUGAGGCUGAGGCUCAGUGCGCUAAACUGGGCGCUAAGCUAGCCACCACGGGGCAGCUGUACCUGGCCUGGAAGGCUGGUAUGGACGUGUGUAACGCCGGCUGGCUGGCUGACCGGAGCGUCCGCUAUCCCAUCAAUAUCGCCCGGCCGCAGUGUGGAGGAGGUCUGCUGGGGGUCCGCACUGUGUACCGCUUCCCAAACCAGACCGGGUACCCUCUACCUGACUCACGCUACGAUGCUAUCUGCUACUCAGAUGAGGAAGAGGUAGGUUCAGGAAGAGGUCCGGUGGUGGUGGGCAUGGUGACGGACCGCCCUCAGGAGUUCCUGAAGCCCACCCCCGCUGCUGAGAGUGAGGUCGCCGGGGAGGUGGUGACCCACAAACCUCCCACUGACUGCACCCAGAAACCCCUGUCUCCACCCCCCAGCACUGUGGCCACGCCCACCGAACACGGGCCCAAAGCCCCCUGUGCCAACCUGACUGAAGCUGUGAUGUCUCCAACAGGUGUUGUGUUUCACUAUAAGGUCAGUGCUAGUCGUUAUUCCCUCACGUUUGCUGAAGCUCAGCUGGCCUGUCAGAAUAUCGGAGCAGUGAUCGCUAGUCCUCAGCAGCUUCACUCAGCGUAUGAAGCUGGUUAUCAUCACUGUGAUGCAGGCUGGCUGAUCGACCAGACCGUCAGGUAUCCUAUUGUAUCCCCACGUGAUCAAUGCUCUGGUGAUCUGGAGACGGUGCCGGGCGUGAGGAACUAUGGAGUACGGCCUGCCAGUGAGCGCUAUGACGUGUACUGCUACAUGGACAAACCCAGAGGGGAAGUUUUCAUUGUGAGUUCAUUCGAGGGAUUCACAUACGAUGAAGCAGUGGCUUCCUGCCAGGGUCAGAACGCCUCCCUGGCCUCCACAGCCGAUCUGCAUGCGGCCUGGAAGCAGGGCUUUGAUAAGUGCCGAGCUGGCUGGCUCCUCGACCACAGCGUCCGUUACCCCAUCAAUAACCCCCGGCCCCAGUGCGGAGGAGGGAAGCCUGGCGUCCACACAGUCUACGCUUUCCCCAACCAGACCGGCUAUCCUGAUCUGCACUCCAAAUACGAUGCCUAUUGCUUUAAAGCUGAUGUCCAGUUGCAGCUCCCCGAGACCGAGACGAAUGAGACGGUAGUAGAAGAGGAGAUUGUAGUCGUCACUUCUGCACCUAACCUUCUUGCUCCUGUGACCCCUCCUAGUGCUCCACCCACCUCAGCAGAGCCCUCUGGUUCUGCAGAAAUUCCAUCUGGAGUCAGUGGAUCUGGUGAUGCAUCUGCAAGUGGAAGUGGAGCGCAGCCUAGCGGAAGUGGGGAUCAACCUAGCGGAAGUGGGGAUCAGCCGAGUGGAAGCGGGGAUCAGCCGAGUGGAAGCGGGGCUCAACCUAGCGGAAGCGGAGAUCAGCCUAGUGGAAGUCUAGAUCAACCAAGCGGAAGUGGGGCUCAACCUAGUGGAAGUGGGGAUCAACCUAGUGGAAGUGGGGAUCAGCUUAGCGGAAGUGGGGAUCAAGUUAGUGGAAGCGGAUUUCAGCCUAGCGGAAGCGAGGAACAGCCUAGCGGAAGCGGAUUUCAGCCUAGUGGAAGUGGGGAACAGCCUAGUGGUAUUGAAUUUCAGCCUAGUGGAAGCGGAUUUCAGCCGAGUGGAAGUGGGGAACAGCCUAGUGAAGCAUUAGGCACAGUGGAAAGUCUUUCAGGAUCUGGCUUCAGUGGAGAUAUCUCUGGCUCAGGACUUAGUGGGGAUGGUUCAGGCAUACUUGUGACCUUCUCAGGGAGUGAAUCUAUCCUGUCCGGAUUUGCAUCCACCUCAGGGACACCCCAGGAAGCUGGGGAAGGAAGUGCAGAGAUCCUCACCUUCAUCCCAGGUCUGGGCUCCGGCCUCUUCAGUGGGGAAGGGUCGGCCUCAGGGUCUGGAAGUGGCUCAGGUUUCAGUUCGGAGGAGAGUGGAUCUGCAUCGUUCAGCAGCUCAGGAGAAAGUGACGAGAGUGGAGAACUUUCGGGAAUCUCCUCAGGACUGGGUUCCAGUGAGGAGUUCUCUGGAUUCAGUGGUUUUCCAUCAGGCCUGUUUCCUUCUGGAGACUACAGCGGUGGUUUCUCUGGGCUUAGCGGCAGCGGGAGUGGAAUCGUCAUGCUGAAUGGACAGUGGGUGGAGGGGUUCGUCGGGCCUGUCCGUACAGCUCAGGAACUUGGUGGAGCUCAAGUGGAUUUCAGUGGAUCUGGAGAUUCUUCUGGAGAUUCUGGGUCUGGAAUGAGCGGCUCUUUCUCUGGGGUUAGUGGAGAUAUCAGCGGUGAGUCUGGCAACUUUGGCACCUCUGGAGACUCUGGUGACUCUGGAAGUGGCUCUGGAUUCCCAGGGGUCACCUUCUUGGGUUCAGGUUUCACAGAUUUCACAGCUCCAUUGGACAAAGACCAAGAGGCUUCUGGAAUUUUGCUGUAUGGAUCAGGAGAAGGAAGUGGUUUCCUUUCUGGAGUUUCUGGAGACACAUCUGGAGCUUCAGCCAGCAGGGAUGUACCAUUGUUAUUUACUGACGAUAGUAUGGAAGAGUUUUCUGUCACACCCACUCAAAGCCAGGAGCUUGGGAAAGGUCCCAUAGAGAUCAGCGGCAGCGUAAGUGGAAGUGGUUUCAGAAGUGGACUUCUAGCCAGUGGAGAUCACCACACUGUAACUGAUAGUAGUUUGCACCAUGCCACAGCUUCCCCCAGUGAAGAACCAUCAGAGGUCCUUUCAAAUGAAGUCCAGAUUGGCUUUCUAUCAGCGCAAGGUCCAUCAGGUCUGCUUAGCGACACUGCAGGACCACAGGAGGGUCCGUCAGAACCUCUCGAGUCCAUCUGGACGUCCACAACAUCUGCGCCUAGAGCUGUUCCUACUACUGAGCCAUCCUUUUCUCUGCAAAUCCCAGCUGUGAUGGAGAUGCCAACCACGGAGAAUGUUGCUCUGGACCCCUGUAACCCAAACCCCUGUGGUCGUGGCUCCUGUUCUGUGCAGGAUGGCAUCGGCUUGUGCCAUUGCCCACCUGGCCUGGCGGGAGACGAGUGCCAGUUUGAGGUUGAUGUGUGCCAUUCAAACCCUUGUGCCAAUGGAGCCACGUGUGUGGAGGUAGAGGACUCUUUCAAAUGCUUAUGCCUGCCGAGCUAUGGAGGGGAACGCUGUGAGAUCGAUGUAGAUACCUGUGCGGAGGGCUGGACUAAGUUCCAGGGUCACUGUUACCUGCACUUCUCUGAGAGGCAGACCUGGGAGGAGGCGGAGCAACACUGCCGGAGUCUUGGAGCUCACCUGGUCAGCAUCACCAACCGAGAGGAGCAGUUCUUCGUCAACUCUCACGCUCAGGACUAUCAGUGGAUUGGGCUGAAUGAUAAGACGUUUGAGAACGAUUUCCAGUGGUCAGAUGGAACCCCGCUGCAAUACGAGAACUGGAGGCCUAAUCAGCCUGAUAAUUACUUUAACUCCGGGGAAGACUGUGUGGUCAUGAUCUGGCACGAAAACGGCCAGUGGAACGACGUCCCCUGCAACUACCAUCUACCCUUCACCUGCAAGACCGGGCCAGUCUUGUGUGGUCAGCCUCCUGAAGUGAAGAACGCCAGAAUGUUCGGGAAUAAGAAGGAGCACUAUCAGGUGAACUCUGUAAUCAGGUAUCAGUGCAACGACGGCUUCCGACAGCGCCACCCGCCUGUGGUGCGCUGUAUGGCAGAUGGACACUGGCAGAAGCCUCAGGUGGAAUGUAUAGCCCAUAUCAGCAGCAGACGACAAAAGAGGUCCGUCCAGCGUAAAUCAGCCAGGAGAUCAUCACUGAAACCACACCUCUAAUCAACUAAAAGAGAGAUAAGAAAUAGAUUCAAUAGAGUUCAGAGAUUUAAAAAAGCUUAUUUUCUAAGGCCCUGAGUUUAGUAUAGGUUUUAUAUUUAAAAAAAGUCCCCUCCCUGUAUAUAGUGUCGGCUGCACAGGUUAUAAUAUAUUGGUUUGAGUGUCACUCAGAGACGGUGAUCUGCGGUGAUACAGCACAGUGAUCCGGGGUGGGUUUCCCUAAAACUUCGUAGCUUCGUAACGCUAAAAACUUCGUUAAAUCAUACGUAAGACUGAUCGUUAAUUAAAGAGUGUUUCCCAAACCCAUGCGUAAAUAAAGUAGUAUGUGAACUUAUGUUAUAUAAUAUUGUAUUAUAUUAUAUUAAACCACAGUUAGUUUCGACCCUGCAAUGUGAUUGGCUGAGAGGCAUUCUAUAAGUGCCGUUAUCAGCCGGUAAUGCACUGUAACUAACCGAAGCUCUCCAUAUAUUACUCCACCCACAUACAGGUAACCUAGCAAGCAACGAUGCAGCGUUUACAAGCCAAAUACAAACCAAAUGCGAUGUGAUUAUACACCACAGGGGGUGUAAAAAUAGAUUAUUAUAGUUUUUUUGUUGUUUAUUUAUUUAGUCAUAUGUGUCUUUAGAGUAUUUCACAAGGCCUAAGUACAUCCGUUUCUUAUUUUAUAUUUCAGAAUACGUAUAAUGAUAUUGAUCAUUAUAUUACAACACAUUUAUACGUUUUUAAUGAGUUAAUACUCUAUAUUUGGAGCAUUUAAUCAAAGUUUGUGAUUCGGUUGAGUGCGUUGUUUCGAGGAAGAAUUCAACAAAGAUGUUAUUUGAACUUGUUCGCUACUUUUUGCUUUUAAAGUUCUUUGGGAAACACUCGUAAUUCAUGUUAUAAUUUAGUUUGUUCAUUAUUCACUAAGAUUGAUUUUAAGAUUGAUCGUUUUCGGGAAACCCACCCCUGAUCUAUCAUUUUUAUUAUUAAUAUUAUUAUUAUAAUUAUUAUUUUCACUUUUCACCUCAAAAAAAGUGGGUACCACUUUAAAAUAAGACUACCUUUAUAAAGAGUUUAUAAACGGUUUAUAAAUGGUUUAUAAACUACAUUAUUAAGUAUUAUUGAUUAGGUUGUAAAUGCCUUAAAAUCAUUGAUAAGAAAUCAAUUAACACAUCAACUGAAAAGACAACAGUGAUCCGUUGUUUUCUUAGAGUCAUUUAAUUUAUAGUAAAGUUUUAGUUAAAUAUAUGGUAACACUUUCUAUGAAUUUCAUCUUUAUUAGACUCUAUAACCAUACUCAUAACACAUUAUAAUGCAGUCAUAAGGCAUUAUAAACAUGGCUAUACAUAUUCAUAAAAAAAUAUAAUUCAUCAUAGCCAUGUUUAUUAUGCAUCAUGAACUGUGAUUAUAAUGCAUUAAUAGCUGUGUUUAUAACAUGUUAUACAUCAAUACCAAGAAACUCAGUCCUGUAUUAUGCAGACUGUAUUAUGACUAAAAAAGCUUCCAACUUAUAAACACACCCUCAAUAAUCCUAUAAAUAUAUUUUCAACCACUCAUUAAUUACUCUUGUCGUGAAUAUAUAAUUAAUUAUAGUCAAUUGUAUAUUGUAAUAAUAAAAGCACAGCUUAUAAUGUAUUAUGACCACAAGUCAUAAUGCUUAAUAAACAUGGCUAUAAUGGGCUAUGCAUUUUUAUAAAUAUUUAUAGCCAUGUUUAUAAUGCCUUAAGAAUGCAUUAUAAUAUGAAUUAUUAUUGCAUUAUAACUAUGAAUGUGUUUAUAGAGUCUAAUAGAGAUGACAUUAAUUGAAAGUGUUACCAAACAUACUUGUACUUAAAUAUAUUAAUAUGACAGGUUUAAUGCUAAGUAAGAUCAGUAUAUAGAAAGAUCUGAGGUUAGACAGUAUAGAAAUGAGUGUAGAAUCACUACUUUUUUAACUCUUGUUAACUGUUGUCAUUUCUAUCCUUGUUGUUAUUUAUGUAUUAACUGCUUAUUAAUGAGUUUUAAUAUUGAUUAAGUUUUUGCAGCCUAAUUAAUAAUAAUGAUAAAAAAGAAUAAUCUCCUUUAUAAAUCAUUCAUAACCCCUUUAUAAAGGUGGUCUUAUUUUAAAAUAAAGUGGAUACCACUUUAAAAUAAGACUACCCUUACAAAGUGUUUAUAAAUGGUUUAUAGAUUAGAUUAUUGUGUUAA